UCCCUUUUUUCUUUGGUAAUUAGGAAUUUACCUGCCCUGUCUACCUACCUCUUUCUCUGGUUUUCCUUGUUCUUUUUUCCUCGUGCAUUGCAAGCUCUACAGUGAAUGACGCGUGUGACUGUCCCCGCUUUUCCAUAAUUUUUGAAGCAACGCGACUUCGUCGCGCCACUGCAGUGUUCAGAAUGACAACGCUCAUGAAUGACUACACCCAUUGGCAGCACAAAAAUAACGAAGCGAUCGAAAGAAUUGCAUUUCUAGAGUCGCAAAUUGCUACUGUUCGAAAGCAAUGCGAAGACCGACGACAACAAGAAUUGGUAGUUAAAAAGCUAAAGAACCAGCUAAGAAUAUAUUCUCUGAAGCAGAAGGAGUAUACCUCUCUGCUUGAUAAAUUGAAUUCACGAACCAGACGAACCGUUCGUGAUACUGGAUUGAGCGAAACAACAACCUACACCUCACCAGAUGUUAAAGCCUCUAUUGCGAUUAAGCAACUGACUGCCAAGAUAGAAACACUCAUGACCGAGAAAUUGAAGGGAGGACACGACACUGAAGAUCUCUCUGGAAUAUCAGUACCAAUAAUGACUUUACUACGAAGUUCUACUGUGGACUCAAACAUGAUAUUGGAUCAAAUCACAAAGUACCUCGACAAUCUCCAUGAAAAAGUUCACUCAAACACUAUAUAUACCGAGAGUGACUCUAAAGAAGAAGGCAUCUUCUCAAAAAAGGUCCAAGAAUUAGAACACUUGUGUGAGGAACGGGAAGCGCGGGUGGAGGAGAAUGUCAAAAAGGAACAGGAAUACAAGUACCAGGCUGAUGACCUUGUUCGACAAAUUAAGACAAAAAUAGCUACGAAUUACCCAGAUAAUGAAGUACAGCGCAUGGUACUAAAAAAUAUUUUAUCCAAGGCGCAGAAACAAAGAUACCAUAAAAAGGUAGAAAUGUUACAACAGGCUGCGAUGGAAUUGAAACAGGAGCAUGGAGUCAUCAAUGCUGAAUUUCCUGUGAUGGUGACCGAUAUCAAUGAACAGAUGGUAAUGAAAAAUUUGGUGAAAUACAUACCUGAUAUCUGCUAACCCAUUUUCCAGGAUGAACGACUCCAAACAGUUGGUGACCUUCACCUUCAAAUUGAUCUCUUAGGUCUCAAGAUCAGCCAGCAACUUCAACGAAACAAAGAGAUCGUUCAUGACGAUGAGAUACUUCUUUGGAAGGAGAUCAAAGAUCAAUGCCGGCUGAUAGCUACUAAUUUUCAAAA